AUGCUACCCUUGUAUCCAGAGUGUGCCACUUAUGGUAAAUUAAUGCACGAUAUGUUUGAAGUACAAGGUCAAGGUGGUAGUCCUGGUUCUCCUGGAGCACCGGGUACUCCAGGUUGUCCUGGUGGUCCAGGAGGCGACGGUAGUCCAGGAGGUGCUGGUGGUCCAGGAGGCACUGGUGGUCCAGGAGGCACUGGGGGCCAGGGAGGCAUUGGUUUUCGUUGUCGUAGUUCAGAUUGCCCUGGUGGACCAGGAGGGGCAGGUGGUCCAGGAGGCCCUGGUGGUCAAGGAGCACCUGGUGGUGCAGGAGGCCGUGGUGGCCAGGGAGGCUAUGGUAAUCCUAAUGGUUUUCCUGGAUCUCCUGGACCACAAGGUAGUCCAGGUAGCCCUGUUGGUCCAGGAGGCGCCGAAGUUCCAGUAGGAGCUGCUGCUCCAGGAGGCGCUGGUGGAUUGAUCAUGCUACCCUUGUAUCCAGAGUGUGCCACUUAUAGUAAAUUAAUGCACGAUAUGUUUGAAGAAAUGCGGAUUGAUAACAGAAUUGGUCCAGAACAAUGUCAAUCAGGAAAUCAUACAAUAUGCAUGUCUGAAGAUGUGAAAAAGGUUCGCUGUGCAGUAACUCAGCCAAUGCCACAAGACUGUGUGGAUAAGAUUAUGGAAUUUGUACUAGGAAAUUCAUGUUCCGGAACCGAAAAGUGUUUCAUAUUCGCCGUUUUAUUGAUCACAGUGGUAAUCCUUGUAACAGUACAAGGUCAAGGUGGUAGUCCUGGUUCUCCGGGAGCACCAGGUAGUCUAGGUUGCCCUGGUGGUCCAGGAGGCGCCGGUAGUGCAGGAGGCGCUGCUAGUCCAGGAGGCACUGGUGGCCAGGGAGGCAUUGGUUUUCGUAGUGGUAGUUCAGAUUGCCCUGGUGGUCCAGGAGGGGCUGGUACUCCUGGACCAGGUAGUCCAGGUAGCACUGUUGGUCCAGGAGGAGCCGAAGGUCCAGUAGGAGCUGUUGCUCCAUUAGGCGCUGGUGGAUUGAUCAUGCUACCCUUGUAUCUAGAGUGUGCCACUUAUAGUAAAUUAAUGCACGAUAUGUUUGAAGAAAUGCGAAAUGAUAACAGAAUUGGUCCAGAACAAUGUCAAUCAGGAAAUCAUACAAUAUGCAUGUCUGAAGAUGUGGAAAAGGUUCGCUGUGCUGUAACUGAGCCAAUGCCACAAGAAU